UCUCAACUGCUGUUACCAGGGUCAAGAUUGAUCAGAACAUAGGUCCACCUAGCAGCUUGUUUUUCAGAAACUUUAAACCACAUCUUACAGUCUUCAUCCGCAGAUGGCGUUAUGAACAAUGCAUGAGUGAAAUAGUCGUUGAAUAAUAAUGGAGCCGUUCUGCAGCAGGAAGCCUUCAUACGAGAAAACCCUUCCUACUCUGACUGACGGUUCAUGGUUACCAUGACAACACCAAGCUCUACGGAGCUAACUAGCUACUUCGUUCUGCUCGGGUCAAGAGGUCCUGAAUUCGGUUGUCGUCCUGUAAAGACAAAGCCGUCAUCAUGUCUGACCUGCUUAAAGACAAAUCCCAAAGAAGAGAGAAGAGGACAGGCAAGUUGCCCUCAGAGGGAAGCCAUGGAGUCAGAGGCAAAGAAACAACUGGCAAGACUAAGGACUCUAUAAGUACUGUGUCGUACAUGGAUGAACUAGCACACAAUGAUGACAACCCCCGGAUGACCAUAACAAUGGAGAACACCUACCAGAUGGGACCUUACAAACGCAUCCCUAUUCCUGCUGUCACAGACAUACUGAAGGAUGUACUUACCAGUUACCUCCAGGAGGAGAAAUAUGAAGGAGAGUGGUCUCAAAAAAUGACAAAAACAAUAUCUGAGGUGAUAAGAGCCCGUGUGAAGGAUCUCAUGAUUCCCCGAUAUAAGAUUGUCGUCCUGGUCCACAUCGGCCAGCUCACCGGGCAGAGCAUGCAAAUCAGCAGCCGCUGUCUGUGGGAUGCAACUAACGACACCUUUGCCUCCUACUCCUUCAAGAACAGCUCUCUCUUUGGGGUGGCAACUGUCUACGCUGUUUACUUUGAGUGAAUCAUGCAGACGUUGAAUAGACUGUGAUAAGAACACGAGGGUCGCUUUAGUCAUGCAUUUCUCACAGUUACAAAAAAAAUUGCUGCUGUUCUAGAGUUCUGUAUGUUGUAUAUUUUUCCAUGUAUAAAAUGAUAAAGCAAGAAUUUGUGAGUAAAA